GCGAAAAAAAAGCCCCGAAGAAAAAAAAACAUAUCGUCAAACCCGAGUGAGAGUGAGAGACAGCGAUCGCAACGGGUCCAAAGACAGUGUUCCAAGUGUGUGCGAAACAUUGCAAAAAGAAAAAUGCAAAUGUUAACAAAUAGAAUUAAUAAAACUCGGUGCGACUGUUUAUGUACACAACGUAUAAAAUGUGAAACGACUGCGGUAGAGCAGGCAAAAUAAAAGGGGGGGACAAAAAAGUAUGAAGAAUAACACGUUUGCGUCGUAAGAUGUGCGAACCCGAGUAUUGCUCGUUUAUCGGUUUAUGUACGUGCACGAUGGUACUUGAACGAGGGUGAACUCGAAAAAAAAAUACCCAAAAACUCUCGUGGGGAUUUGUAGUCAGCUCCAAGGGCUGCAGUAGAACAAUAAAAAGGCGAAACAGACUCUCAGCGAAAUCUCCGCAAUUUCCAUAAAACGGACAUAAGAAAAUAAUUGAUACAAUAUCUUCCGAGUAAUUUUCUAUUUGGAAGGAGAAAAAAAAGUUAUGCUCCAACGAAGAUGAAAGACAAUCCGUCAUCUCCAGUGGGCAAUUCGAGCGCCAGAGUGGGACAAAUGUCCACUAAUAUCACCUCCCAGUGAUUAUUAAUUUAAUUAUCGAGUAAAAUAGAUUUAACGACGAUGCUAGUUGAUGAUAUUGUCACUAUCAUAAAAGUCCACGAGACGUACCGUCACCCCUGUGGACGGACAUUUUUCUGAGGAACUGUCCACAAACACUGAUAAAUGUUAAACAUUUAGUGAAUUUCGUUGUCUUCCCUUUUUUUCUUUAUUUUUCUUUUUUCGUUAUUCUGUUUGUUUUUGUGGAUAUGUUUUCGUCUCCGGCGUCGGUAGUGGGCGAGCCGUCAGGCUACGACUUUCAGAAAGAGGAGAAUGCUGCCAAAUGGAAGGGAGUCUUUGUCAAUUCCCUGAGAAAGGUCCUUGAACAGGUGCACCCGAGCCUGGAGGCACGUCAGGAUGCCCUGGAUUACGUAGAGAGCCUCAUUCUGAGGAUGCUUGGGAUGCUGUGUGGUCAUCCACCACCUCACACACCUCAGGAUGUCGAAGAGCGAGUCAGAAGGACAUUUCCAACGCCAAUCGACAGGUGGGCACUCAGAGACGCCAGAGACGCACUGGAAAAGGGGAAGAAAAAGUCACCUUUGGUUCUGCCUGUCGACAAAAUCCACCAAUUGCUCCAGAAGGAGGUCUUGCAGCAUAAAAUCGAUUCACAAGUCAGUCUCUUUGUCGUUGGAGUGCUUGAGUACAUUUCAGCAGAUAUUUUGAAGUUGGCUGGAAAUUAUGUAAAAAAUAUUCGACACGUUGAAAUCUCCUGCGAGGACAUCAGAGUGGCUAUGUAUGCAGAUAUGUUGCAGGUGGUGUUGAUGGACAUGUUCUACCAGGACGAUGCAACUGAGAGGCCCCAGAGUACCCUGGGUGCUGUUGUAUCCCAAACGUACGAAGAAUCAGUACGCGAUCUCAUUCACGACGAACGUCACUACCUUCGCGAUCUCCACAUGAUAAUAAAAGUAUUUCGAGAAGAAAUAGCGAAACUUGCGCAGGACAAAACCGAGCUGGAGACACUGUUCAGCAAUAUAAUGGACAUUUACGAAGUGACAGUGACACUUCUGGGUAGUUUAGAGGACAUAAUGGAGAUAACUGAGGAGAAACAAAUUCCAACAGUGGGCUCGUGCUUCGAGGAGCUGGCUGAGGCAGCUGAAUUCGAUGUUUACAUUAAAUACGCCAGAGACAUGAACAGCCCAGGUAGCAGGGAAAUUCUAACGAGAUUACUCUCUAGACCUGAGGCCAAUGCUGCCCUGCGCGCAGCAGGUCAUGGCUUCAAGGAGGCUGUUAAAUAUUACCUCCCAAAGCUGCUAUUGCAACCAGUGUGGCACUGUUUUUUGUACUUUGAUUACAUUAAAGUAUUACAGAAGAGAACACCAAACAUUGAGGAUGAGGAAACCUUAGAGCAAGUGCAGGGUCUUCUGAGGCCACUGCAAAUGGAAUUACUCCAGUCUGUUGCGAGUUUACCGAAGAAAGAUACUGGAUUGAGAAUGCAGAGUCGUGCUAGGAGGCAUGCAGCCCUGGAGAAGACCAGUGAACUCCAGAAAACAGUUGAUGGGUGGGAUCAGAGGGACAUUGGACAGUGUUGCAAUGAGUUUAUACGCGAAGAUAUGUUGGGAAAAGUGGGGAGCAAUGGCAGACGUUUGACUGAGAGGAGGGCCUUGCUCUUCGAUGGACUAUUGGUGCUUUGUAAGCCAUCUGGAGGGAAGAGGGUCAGUGUUUCGGUUGCUGCUGUGGGGGUCGGUGGGGGACAAGCUCACCCCGUUGAACUCAGACUCAAGGAACGAUUUUUCAUACGAAAAGUCGAUAUCAUUGAUCGCGAGGACACCGACGAGCUGAAGAAUGCCUUUGAAAUUGCCCCCAGAGAUCAUCCCAAUGUCACACUUGUCGCUAAAUCUGUUGAGGAUAAAAACAGCUGGAUGGCCGAUCUCGUUAUGCUCAACACCAAAAGCAUGCUGGAGAGAACAUUGGACAGUAUACUGCUGGACGAGGAGAGGAAGCAUCCACUGAGGCUGCCUCCCCCAGAGUUGUACAAAUUUGCUGAACAAGAUUCACCGGAGAAUGUUGUCCUCGAGGCUAGGGAAAAUGGGGGAGUUCCCUUGAUCAAGGGCGCUACACUUGUUAAAUUAGUGGAGAGACUCACUUAUCACAUUUAUGCCGAUCCGGCAUUUGUACGGACAUUCCUUACUACUUAUAGGAGUUUUUGCUCACCCCAAGAGUUGCUUAUUCUGCUCAUCGAGAGAUUUGACAUACCAGACCCGUCGUUGGUCUACGGCGACGAGGAGAAACCCUCCGGAUGCAAAGCCACAGCCAGAGAAGACUGGAAACGAUAUAGAAAAGAAUUCUGCCAACCUGUGCAAUUUCGAGUGCUCAAUGUUUUGAGGCACUGGGUGGACCAUCAUUUUUACGAUUUCGAGAGGGAUAGAAAUUUACUGGAGAGACUCCAGCAAUUUCUGGACACGAUCAGCGGUAAAUCCAUGAGGAAGUGGGUUGACUCGGUCAUUAAAAUAGUGCAGAGGAAGUGCGAGCCCUCUGAGCAGAGGCCCAUUACCUUCAGUUUCGAAAAGUCCCCGCCACCAAUCGAGUGGCAUCUCAAAGUGCCAGAGGAAGAAUGGGGAAUACUCACUCUCCAUCCCAUCGAAUUGGCGAGACAACUGACACUCCUCGAAUUCGAGCUAUACAGAACAGUGAAAUCGUCGGAACUAGUGGGUGAAGCCUGGACGAAGAAAGACAAGGACAAGAAUUCGCCAAACCUCUUGAGAAUGAUAAAGCACACGACGAAUUUCACGCGAUGGCUUGAAAAAACAAUUUUGGAAACUGAGAACAUCGAAGAACGUGCGGCAAUAGUUGCACGAGCAGUCGAAGUGAUGAUGGUCCUGCAAGAGCUCAACAAUUUCAACGGAGUUCUAGCGAUAGUGUCUGCAAUGGGUUCAGCAGCGGUAUUUCGCCUGAAGCACACAUUUCAACGUCUCUCCGAGCGUCAAGCAAAGGUCCUGGAAGAGGCGCGAGAAUUGAACAGCGAUCACUUCCGCAAAUACCAGGAGAAACUUCGAUCGAUAAAUCCCCCCUGCGUGCCUUUCUUCGGAAUGUACCUGACGAAUAUCCUUCACAUAGAGACGGGAAACUCUGACUAUUUGCCGAGCAGUCCAGAGUUGAUAAACUUCAGUAAACGAAGGAAAGUUGCUGAAAUAACAGGUGAAAUCCAGCAGUACCAGAAUCAGCCCUAUUGCCUCUCAGUUGAGCCAAGAAUACGACAUUUCAUCGAGAAUUUGUGUCCCUUCGACGCGAACAUGAGUGAAGCAGACAUAAGUACUUACCUGUACGAGAAGAGUCUCGAGUUGGAGCCGAGGGGGUGCAGACAGCCCCUGAGAGCCCCAAGAAAAUGGCCAGACUUGAAUUUAAAGUCUCCAGGGCUGAAGCCAAGGUCCCUGAGUGGAAAAUUGCCAGCUCCUCUGCAGGCCGUUGCCUCCAGUGUGAGACUGCACGACCCGACACCCGAGGUGCAUGCAGAGUUGCCAGAGAGCCCUCACACAAUCCAGAGUUUCACGCACAUUGGUGAUCACAGUGUGUUUGCACCAGUGCUUCUGGGCAGUGGCUCUGGGCCUCCCCCGGGCUCUCCAGGGCCUCUGAGUAUGUCAGGAUUGUCUCUAGGAUCUCCAGGGAACAGCCCACAACUGGGCUCCCCUGGGCACCUGCCUUCGUCGUAUCAUCAGCAGCCUCAGGCAACUCAUUUUGGCUUCAAUUCAGGUGCAAUUGGGGUGAUGGGCGCCCUCACGGGGCUUUCCUCGUCGUCUGGCAGUCCCGGGGCUCCUCUCCCGCCUCCACCCUCGCCCAGUCAUGCAUCCCCCAGUAAACCGCCCCCUCCACUACCCCCCAGACAUCACAGGAGACGAGAGAGCUCAAUCAGUGAAUCUCCUCAUCAAGCCAGACAGGCACCCAAUGCUCCAAUGCUUCCACCGAGGGAAGGGGCCUCCUCACCACCUCCACUGCCACCCAGAAGAGAUGUUCCACCAGUUACAUUACCACCGAGACUACCCAGCUCUCUGAAUCCAAGUACGUCCGCCCUGUUGGCAAGGAGAAACUCAAAUCUUGAGGGGACGAGCACAAGUGCAAGUCAUCCGAAGCGUUAUAUGUCUUUCAAUGGACCCAGUCCCACUAAACUUCCACCGAAUCAGCCGAAUGGCUCUGUCACACCCAAGCUACCCCCGAAACCUCUGGCCGGACGUCCCCCAACGACAAUGUUCAAUUUCAAUGCUCCAUCUGGCCCCAGUUAAGUUGGUCAUCCACUUAUUAUUCAUCUAAUAUAAUUCUGGUAAUCUCUGGAGUAUGCAGGAACUUAGUAUACGUAAAUACCACAAUUUGUAUACCAUUUUCCUCCGGUCUGUAUAAUAUAAAUAGGCGUAAAUAAGGUGUACAUAGUAUUUCGUUUUUAUGUGGAGGAAAAAAGAAAAUAUAUAGUUAUACAUGUUCAUGAUAACCAGCGCACAAUGAGAAUCUUCCAUAAAUUGAAAAUGAAAAUUGAAAUAUUUUAGUCCUAACAUCCAUGGUAAAUGAUACGAUGAAGGCUACAUUCCGCGAAUAAAUUAAAUGUUAGGUAAUCUCCAGAAACCCCUGGGACUUUCAUUUCGGUUUGGUUAGUCUGUUUGAGUUUAUUAUUUUCUGAGGAAAAAUCGUAAAUCUUUAUUUUGACUGUUGCAACUUGUACAAUAUAUUUUUAGAAAUUUUUUGAGAGAGACAACCGAAGUGAAAAAAACAUCAAGAGGCAAAACACAAACAUUUUAGAUAGAGUAGAUUUAAGUAGAACAAUGUCCAUAUUCACAGACGAAAACAUAAAAUUAAUGUUAAAUGAUUAAAAUGAAUGGCACACAUUUCAAAUACAUAAAUAAGCCAGAAUGAUAUUCGAAAGUAAUGAAGGUAAAUGUACUAUAUUUUAUUGAACAAAAGAAGAGGCGAAAUUCUAAUUAUUUAAUGCAUGAUAAUGAAAAAACAAAUUGUAAAAUAUAAAAUGCAGAUUGGAAUGAUGACUUGUACGUCGAAGAGUUGAAAAUUAACGAUAUUAGCCAAGAACAAAAUGAAAAAUUCCUUCUAAAAAAUCCUGCAAAUCCCUGUCCCCAAUAAAACUGUGAUACACAAUUUUGAAUGGGUAUGUAUGUAACUGUAAACUAGACGUUCUUAGUGACUAAUCAAUGUUGAAUGAUGGAUGGACGAGAUUGAUGUGUUUAUUGUUCAGUGGAAGUUGGUGCAAAAUUAAGUCUAAAAUGAUCAUAAAAAUUUACAACCAGAAAUUAAUUAUCCACAUUGAUUGGAAUAAGACAAAUCAAUUGUAGAGAGAUGAAUGAUAAUGCAAAUGUACCAUAUUAUUGAAUAUAACAAUAUCGAACUAGUUUUUAUUGUAAUAAUUGUCGAUACGAAGGAACAGUCAUGAAUGAUUGAAAUUAUUUGAGGAAGUAAUGAUCAAAUAAAAGGAAUGAAAAAUGAUAUUGCGUAGUACUCAGUGUCGAGCGAUUUAUUUAUCAAUUUCCACCCCAAUAAUCCACCCGGAGAGACUAUAAAUCAAUGAAACUGAUCGACACAUCAAAAGUAAUUGAAUAAUGAAAAAAUAGAUAUGUAAAUUUUAUGAUUUAUUGUAAAUAUUGUAUAAUCGAAUUAAUAUCAGUUGUCUAUACAGCGAUCAGAGUGGAAAAGAAAACCAUAAUAAAAGUUUAAUCGUGUAUCAUAA